UAUGUCACGGGCGGUUCUCAAGGACUAGGUCGAGCACUUGCCAAAUGGCUCGUCCAGAACGGAGCCUCCGACGUCGUCAUAGUAGCCAGGAGUGUGGAUGGAUUGAAAAAGGUACUGGAGGAGCUCGAGGUGAGAGUUCUCCAUCAUGAUCCUAUCAGGCGCUACGUCUCCGCCGACCUCAUCACUUCAAAAGGCGCUUCAGAGGCGCUUGAAGAGGCUCAGAAGAGACAUGGAAGAUACCCUGAUCACUACUUCUUAUGUGCGGGGUAUUCAAGGCCACGUUACUUUAUCGAUCACACGCCGGAAGAACUACAGGGGGGCCUCGAUGCGACGUACUGGACGACAGCGUGGACCGCCCAUACCGCGUGCAAAGCCAUGGUCGCCAACAGGAUCAAAGGCCGCAUAGUCAUGGUCGGGUCCUUCUUAUCCUACACGGCCUUCGUAGGCUACACCUCAUAUUCACCAGGGAAAUAUGCGGUCCGAGGCCUCGCCGAUGCUUUACGUUCCGAAAUGCUUCUACACGACAUCACGGUCAACCUCUUCUUACCUGGUGGGAUCGAUACACCAGGAUACGAAGUUGAAAACUCGUCGAAACCUGCUCCGACCAAGAAACUCGAAGAGGGCGAUACGCUCAUCACAGCGGAGGAGUGCGUGAAUCAUAUGGUCAGGGGCCUACAACGGGGAUACUACCAAUCCACUACCAUGUUCGUUUCCGAGCUCAUGAGGAUGGGUUCAAGAGGCGGAGUACCAGGAAACAAUCCCAUCAAAGAUUUCUUCAUGUGGCUAUUGGCCGGUAUCGGGAUGCCAAUCUGGGUGUUCUUCAUGGAUUAUACAGUCAAGGGGUUCAGGAAGAAUGUCCAGAGGGAAUUGGAACAAAAGGGGUACUACAAGCGUGCCACAUGA